GGAUACAGAGGGGAGAAGGUCUACUGGUAUAGAGUAUUGGCGAGGAACCGUUGUCUGGCUCGUGUGACGGCCGGCAGCGCGUUGGAGGAACUGUUGGGAACUUGGUGUGAGUGAACACUGUGUUUGGAAGUUUGGAUGGACACCACAAAGCUGCUAUCUCUCUUGAAAACAUGCAUUGAUUCCAAAUAUUUGAAGCAGGGCAAACUCAUUCACCAGAAAAUAGUCUCUCUAGGCUUACAAAACAACAUUACCUUGUGCAAGAGCCUCAUCAACCUCUACUUCUCUUGCCAUUUAUUUCAAUCUGCAAAGCUUGUUUUCCAAACUAUUGAGAACCCAUUAGACAUUACAUUGUGGAAUGGCCUCAUGGCUGCUUGCACCAAGAAUUUCAUCUUCAUUGAAGGUCUUGAGCUCUUUCAUAGGUUGCUGCAUUUCCCGUAUCUCAAACCGGAUGCUUUCACCUACCCAAGUGUUCUAAAAGCUUGUAGCGGGUUAGGGAGAGUUGGGUAUGGUAAAAUGGUGCAUACCCAUGUGAUCAAAAGUGGGUUUGCGAUGGAUGUUGUUGUUAUGAGUUCUGCGGUGGGGAUGUAUGCAAAGUGCAAUGUGUUUGAGGAUGCCAUUAAGUUGUUUGAUGAAAUGCCUGAAAGAGAUGUGGCUUCCUGGAACAAUGUGAUUUCUUGUUAUUAUCAGGACGGGCAGCCUGAGAAAGCAUUGGAAUUGUUUGAAGAAAUGAAGGUUUCUGGGUUUAAGCCUGAUUCUGUGACGCUGACGACUGUGAUCUCGUCCUGUGCGAGGCUUUUGGAUCUGGAAAGAGGGAAGGAGAUUCAUAUGGAGUUGGUGAGAAGUGGGUUUGCGUUGGAUGGUUUUGUUAGCUCUGCUCUUGUGGACAUGUAUGGAAAAUGUGGUUGUUUGGAGAUGGCUAAAGAGGUUUUCGAGCAAAUCCAAAGAAAAAAUGUGGUUUCUUGGAACUCCAUGAUUGCAGGAUAUAGUUUGAAAGGUGACAGCAAAUCCUGCAUUGAGCUUUUUAGGAGGAUGAAUGAGGAAGGAAUUAGACCAACUUUGACUACUUUAAGUAGCAUAUUGAUGGCUUGUUCUAGAUCAGUGAACCUGCAACUCGGAAAAUUUAUCCAUGGACAUAUAAUAAGAAACAGAGUAGAAGCUGAUAUCUUCGUUAACAGCUCCCUUAUUGAUCUAUACUUCAAAUGUGGCAACAUUGGGUCAGCUGAAAAUGUCUUUCAAAACAUGCCCAAAACAAAUGUGGUUUCUUGGAACGUAAUGAUUUCUGGAUAUGUGAAAGUAGGCUCUUAUCUUGAGGCUCUUGUCAUCUUCACUGACAUGAGAAAGGCUGGUGUAAAACCAGAUGCUGUUACAUUUACUAGUGUUUUACCAGCUUGUUCCCAACUGGCAGUCUUAGAGAAGGGCAAGGAGAUCCAUAACUUCAUCAUUGAAAGUAAGUUAGAAAUCAAUGAAGUAGUCAUGGGGGCUCUACUUGAUAUGUAUGCUAAAUGUGGUGCAGUGGAUGAAGCUCUAUAUAUUUUUAAUCAAUUACCAGAGAGAGACUUUGUUUCAUGGACUUCUAUGAUCGCAGCCUAUGGGUCUCAUGGCCAAGCUUUUGAAGCUUUGAAGCUUUUUGAGAAGAUGCAGCAAUCAGAUGCAAAACCAGACAAAGUUACCUUCCUUGCAAUUUUGUCUGCAUGUAGCCAUGCUGGACUGGUUGAUGAAGGGUGUUAUUAUUUCAAUCAAAUGAUCACUGAAUAUGGUUUCAAACCUGUGGUUGAACACUACUCAUGCUUGAUAGAUCUGCUUGGACGUGUUGGGAGAUUGAGAGAAGCUUAUGAAAUACUACAAAGAACGCCAGACAUCAGAGAAGAUGUUGGGUUGUUAAGCACACUUUUUUCUGCUUGCCAUUUGCAUAAGAAAUUAGAUUUGGGAGAGCAAAUUGGAAAAUUGCUUAUUGAGAAGGAUCCCAAUGAUGCAUCAACUUACAUAAUUUUAUCAAACAUGUAUGCUUCUGUCAAGAAAUGGGAUGAAGUACGCAAAGUAAGAUUAAAGAUAAAAGAGCUUGGAUUGAAGAAGAACCCUGGGUGUAGCUGGAUUGAAGUUGGAAAGAGGAUCCACCCUUUCGUUGUUGAAGAUAAAUCACACCCACAAGCAGAUAUGAUAUAUGAAUGUAUGUCAAUUCUUGCAAGUCAUAUGGAGAAAUAUCAAGUCUUGUCAUUUUAAAAAUAAGGCAGAAUGCACUAUAAAGAGGCAGCAAGCUGCUUUUAUUCAACUUGGAGGAAGAAAAAUUCCUCUUUAAGUGUUGUGAAUUGACACCAUAGACAAAUUAAAGAAUGCCUGUGGAAGAAUGCAAGUGAAUCAGCUUCAAAAAAUUUUAUCGGGCGGGAGCAUGAGUUUGUUGCUCUUGGAUACACUGAGUAAAUGAAAUCUUCUUUUCUGGAUGAAGUGAGUUAAUUAUAUGAUUGACUUGAAGGGAAUACAUCCUUUGCGCCUGAAUGUUUGUCAAGUCUUCAAAGCCCUCCCUUUCACUAGCACACCUUUGUCGAAAGCUCAUCGUAAGAGAUAGACUAGAAAGAAGAGUCACCGGGUUGGGUUGAUGUUGAUUGGUAUUGGUCUUGUCCUGCAAUUCCAUCUUGAUACAUGGCCGGGCUGCUACUAGUAGGUUUCACUGCUAUGGGGAAUUUCCUCGAGGAAGAAAGAAAGGCAGUGAGCUCUGUUUCAGUCGUACAUAAUGACAUUUUAAAGUCAAGCAUUCCUGCCACUCCAUUCUCUAUGACCACCCCAUCUUAUGACAGGCUAAAUAACAUAGCUUUAUACUCUGCCCUUAUUAAGAGUUCAUUAAAAUCCCUGGCAAAAAGAGUGAAGUGGGACUUGUUUCUCUCUCUCUCGUCUCAGUUUAACUGAGUGUUUGGCUACUUUAUCUUGACUACUAAUCAUUUCCACCUCAGGGCCUUCCCAUUCACCCCAAUGGGGCUUCUCUUUCAUAAGUUGCCAAUUAGCCGCCUGUGAUAAAGUACUGUCCUAGUUGCUUUUAUUUUCCUCCCUGGCAAGAAAGGAUUUCUCGGAGCAACCCGUCAGGUUCCAAACCCAGGAGCCAACUUUCCCGUGUAUUGGCUAAUAUUUGUCUCAGAGCAGCCACUUGAAAUCUGCCAGUCAUCACAUCAGUGCUGAAACAUGUUUGCUCAAUCUGGGGUUGUUGUUAGCCUUAAGAAAAUCAAGGUUUACAAGUGGAUCUACCCCUUCACCCUUGAAGAUAGCUCACACCUCAAACUUGAAGAUUUGACAACUGAGAAAAUGAGUUUCCUGCAGAAGUAUACCAUUGCUGAGAGAGAGUUUAACUGCAUAGAAAUCAAUCUAAGGAAACACCUAAUGCAAGGUUCGCAGUUUGAGAACUGCCUGCAUUAAUUUUGUCCUUUCUCUAGGCUGAAGAUUGGUCUUUUGGAUCAUUCAGUUUGUUUUGCAGUUUCUGUUUUUUCACAGCAAUAGAAACUGUUUUUGUUAUGAAUUCUUCCUUAUUUAGGACAACAGUCGAGUUGGUGAGUUCAAUUUUUUUUCUAUAUAAAUACAUGUAAUUACAUAUCAUGC